GAAGAAAAUGAUGACUUUGACGUUCUAGACUGGUGGAAGUCAAAAGAAAGAACGUUCCCGAUUUUAGCACGGAUGGCUAAGCAAGUACUAUCAAUGCCGGUUUCAACAGUUGCUGUGGAACAAGAAUUUAGUUCGGCCGGGAACGUCCUAACGGCAUCUAGAUCGAGAUUGAGCGCGGAGUCUCUUGAGACGCUUAUAUGCUACCACGAUUGGUUGAAGGCCGCACGUAGAACUCAAGAAUUGAGCAUCACCCCCUCCCAAGAUUUUAUGGAUGACUCAACAACCGAUGGUGGCUCUACCUAUGCCGGAGAUUCCGAUUGAUUAGUAUUUUAGAAUUUAUUACAAAAUGUAUUUUAUA